AACAUCAAGCUGACUGAGCAACAGACAUACUUGGUCAAUACUAUCAAAGAUUCAAUCAGUGACAAGAGUCAAUUGGUUAUUCCUAAUCGAAACAAGUGUUUGGAACUGUACACAGACGCGUCAUCCAUUGCGCUGGGUUCAACUGUCAAUCAACGUGAUGACAAUGGGUCACUUCAAUUGGUCGCAGCAUUCUCACGCAAGCUCAACGAGAGUGAACGGAUGUUUACAACAACAAUCAGAGAGACAAUGGCAAUCAUCGAGACACUUAAGAAGUAUGAGAGCAUGCUCAUCGAUUCAGAGUUAUUGAUCAAGACUGAUCAUCUCAAUAUCACGUACUUAAAGGACAAGCAACAACUGUCACCCAAGGAGUUCAGAUGGUUGGAGUACCUCAAUCGAUUCAAGUACAAGAUUGAUCAUGUGGAUGGAAAUUCCAACGGCGCUGCGGAUGCCCUGUCUCGAAGAGAGGAUUACGAGUCACCAUUACCAUCAAAGUACACAGAUCAAAUCAGAACAUCAAGCAUCAACAACGAGUUCAUUCAACAACUUAAGGAUAGACGAGACACCACCGUGAUUGAUAUCAAUGGACUAUCUUAUUUGGUCGAAGGCGAGGACCGACGACUCAUCAUCACAGACAAGCAUAUCAUUCAACAGCUCAUCUCAGAGGCACACGACAGCCUGUAUGCCGGUCAUUUCAACACAAGGAAGACUUAUCUCAGACUCAGACCGUACUACAUCUUCAGAUCAAUGUUACAAGUCAUUGAACAUUACUGUCGUUCCUGCCACUCAUGUCAGCGCAAUCAGCUCAUCAAGAAACAAUCGACAUUGUAUCCCAACUCACCAGCUGACAAACCAUUUGACAUCAUUUCCCUGGACUUUCUUAAACUCCCAAAGUCAAAGAAUGGUUUUGUGUCCUUG